AAACUUUUCUCGGUCUCUCGCAGCUGAUUCCCACACGCCCCUUUCACAGUCCUUCACCGAUUUGAGUCAGCUGAUUUCCUGUAAAGUGAAACUAGAGGUGGGACUGUUCAGCUCUAAGCUCAGGAAAACAAAACUACACUGUUUACAUCCAGAUGCGAAUUGCAGCAAGAGCAAAGUGUUUCAGGCUUGCUAGAAAAUGAGUGAAAAGGAAUUACUCCAGCGCUGUUGUAAAUACAUCACUGGAAUUAUUCAACCAUCUCUUGUUUUACAUUACCUGGAUUUUUUUGAACCCAAGGAGGUGGAGCUGAUCAAAGCGAAGGAGGAGAAGGAGGGCCCAACACAUGCGUCUGCUCUCCUCUUGGAUAUGAUCCAGAAUGUGGACUCCCCUGGCUGGUUUCAGAUGUUCUUGGAUGGGCUGAGUAUAGCAGGGUACCCUACCCUCUCUAAAUCGAUCGAUAUGGAGGAUUUCACAGAGCUUGACAAAUCCAGGCUUUACAAACAGAUGGUGAGAAAACUGAGGCCAACGCUGGAACCAGGAGCUCGUCCUAUGGACAUCCUCCCUCACCUCUCUGAGUGUCUCCUGCAGCCCCAGGGAGAGGAGGUGCGGCAGGUAACUGAAAGCAAAGGGGAUCAUGCUGGAAUGGGUAGACUGUUGGACUUUAUCCUCAGGUCUGACAAUCCCAGGUGGUAUAAAACACUGCAGGAUGCACUGUCUGCUGCUGGCUAUAAUAAUCUUGCCCUGGGAGAUCAGGAAGACGCUGAUAUGAGUGGCACUGAAGAGAUAGAGAUGACCUAUAGCCAGGAGGCAGAAAUGGAGGACCUGCACGCCAACCUUGACACAGAUGCAGAACCAAGACAAAAAGUAAUGAGAUAUGACAGCCAGAUAUCCUCCCCAUUAACUGAACUGCGGGCCUAUCAGGAGGAAUUAGCUUUGCCAGCUCUGGAGAGUAGAAACACCAUCAUAUGUGCCCCUACGGGCUCUGGGAAGACCAUCAUCGCCGUGGAGAUCUGCUGGCAACACCUGAGCCAGGGUACUGAAGAGUCCAAGAGGAAGGUAGCUUUCCUGGCCAACACCAUCCCCCUCUGUCAGCAGCAGAUGGAGCUGUUCAUGAAGUACUUCCAAAACAAAGACUUUGAAGUGAUUGGCUGUUUUGGGGAGUCUGCCUCUAAUCUGGUAGUGAAAGUUGCCGUGGAAGAGUAUGACAUCAUUGUGAUGACACCCAUGAUCCUGCAGUUGAAACUGGAGAACGGCACCAUCCCCUCGCUGUCAACAUUCACUUUGAUCUUCUUCGACGAGUGCCACAACACGAGCAAGAAGCACUCGUACAACAGCAUCAUGGGCAUGUACAUGGACAUCAGACUGGAGGGGCCCCCGAGCACUGCCCUCCCGCAGAUUGUGGGUCUGACAGCGUCUGUUGGGGUUGGCAAGUCGAAGAAUGUUGAUGGUGCCCUGGAACACAUUUACCAGCUGUGUGCCAACCUUGACACCCACACCCUCUCCACUGUGACAAAACACUUGAAUGAGCUCAGGAAGUUCGUCUUCGUACCCAGCAAAGAUAUAAGGUUAGUGAAGCGGCGCUCUGUGGACCCUUUCAUGGAUGUUGUGUUGGGACUGAUGGCACAUGUUGAGUCCAUUGCAAAAAAAACCUACAAUAUCGAGUCCUUGUCCAAGGUGCCCAUGAGCACGCGGGGCUCCCAGGCCUAUGAGCAGUGGGUGGUGACGGUGCAGCGUCAGUGCAAGGUGCUGAAGCUGGUGGAUCAGGAUGAGGAAGAGGAGAUGAAGAUCUGCAGGAAGCUGGUCACCUGCUCCGAGCACCUCCGGAAAUACAAUGAUUCCCUGAUUAUAUCAGAAGAUGCUCGUGCUAUUGAUGCCAUUAAUUACCUGCAGAAGUAUUUUGAUAACCUGGACCCAACCAGAUUUGACGAGACAGAUCAGAAACUUUUCAGUGUUUUUGAAGGUCUUGGACGGCGAGGCAGGGCGAUGGACAGUCGCUGCAUCCUGAUCACCAGCAGCCGAGAAAACGCAGAGAAGGAGCAGAUUAAUAUGCUGCAGGAGAAGGUCAUGUAUGAUGCCAUCCAGACAGCACAGAACAUCGAGACAGACGUGUUCCUGGCCAAGGUGAGGAACGUUCAGAAGCGGCAGAAGAAACAACGAGACCUGGAGAGGAGAAUGGCUCCUGAGAAGAAGAAGGAAGAUAUCACCUUCCUCUUGCAGUGUGGAAAAUGCCGUCAAAAUGCCUGCAAGUCUGACGAGAUCCGCGUCAUACAGAAUAAUCACAGGGUUGUUAUCAGCAAAGCCUUCCUGCCGCUGUGCAACAUCCAGCCUCAUCCCAAGCCUCAGGUCUGUGACGUCCUUGAGAAGAAAUCCAAGAUAUUCUGUCGCACUUGUAACCGGGACUGGGGCAUCCUGGCCUCGUGCAUGGGCCUGGAUAACCUCCCGGUGCUGAAGAUAUCUGGGUUUACCUUCGUAAACUUGCGCACUGGACAGAGGAAGUCAGUGGUGAAAUGGCAGGAUUUCCCCGGCUUGCUCAAAGAUUUUGAUUUUGAGUUGGAUGUCCUAGAUCAGGACAGUAGUGAGGGUGCCGGGCCCAGCAGGCUGUCCUGAGGGUUAAUGGAAGGGUGUCUUCCUGUUUUUAAAAUAAACUCUAAGCCCUGCAUUUGAUCUAGUUUUAAUAAUAGUUUUUUUCACAAAUUCUUUAAACUACAGUACUAGCCUCCCACAGACAUUUCCGGUUCAUUUUGGGUAUAGCCUAAUAACUGCUGAUGUUAUAAAAAAAAAGUUUUAAAUAAAUAUAUAAAAAUUGAUGACACUCUUUAAAAGUGAAUCUUAUUUGAAAAUGUAAGAAAGACAGAAUAGAAGCAAGCAAAUAACUCUCCUAGUUUGUACACUAGGAGGCAGGAUUUAACAAUCUAUGUCAUCUCAGCAGCAUAUGGGGUGUGCUUUCACAGCAGUCUCUUAUUUCUAUUUAAUGAAUUAGGGUCGUUGUGCACCUCUUGCCAUUACUAAAUUGAGAGUGUCUAAAUGUGGGGAUAUAUGGAAGCGUGCAGUAUGUCUGCCCGUCUGUGAAGGUAGGGAAUCUCACCCAGCUGCUAAUUGACUGCUCGGAGUGGCACUCCUCGUCGAUGUCUGGCAUUUAACAUAUUGAUUUUAAAACGUUUCACUUCACCGACAAGAUUUAUUAAAUGAUAUGAGCAAACUACUGUACUAAACCCCCUGCUUCUGAGCCAUCGCCAAUGUAAUUCCAAGAACUCAAACUCAUGCCAGAACAUCCCUCACUGUACAGUUAUUAAACAUUAGCCUUCAACUGCACGCUGUCUGUAAUAUAGAUCAUCAUCAUCAUCAUCAUCAUUGUCAUCAAGUUGCAAACCAGGCACCAUGAUUUUAACCAUGGUUUUAACUGCCUGUAACCUAAGGAAAACAUUUAGAAAGCGACAAACCAUUCCAAUAUCUUACAAGAUUGUAAGUCCCUGGAAGCAGGCAUGGCUGCUGCUUUGCCUGCAGUAAGUUUGACAAAUGCCUUGCUGUCUUUUGCACAGGGAACUGUUAGAAUGCUGAUGCUGUAUAAGCCAGUUAAACUGCAAUAUAUAUACUAUAUAUAAAGUUUUAAUAAACUGUUGAUUAAUUGUUCCUUUAAUCAUUAUCUCAUUAUAUCACACAAAGACUUGACAUAUUAACAGUUUACUUUAAGUAGGAAUGAAAUAUACACUUGGUGUAACUUUUAUAGGUUUUGUGGUCUGUUUUUAAUUUUUUUUUUAAUGUUUGGUACAAAAAAACAAAUUUUAAAGAUUUUUUAUUAGUUUCUGACUUCAGUGACAUUGUACUAUUGGUGCUCAUUGUAAAUGUGUUGUAUCUUUCAUGAAUUCAUGCUAAAUAGUUUUUUGAAUUCUAGUUGCAAUAAAUAAUGGAUUGAUUAA